AUGGAAUCGGCACCCGCUCCCUGCAUUCUUGCACGAUGUGAAAAGCGAUAUUCUUUGAGAGGGCCCUGCCACCAACAAUGUCACUUUCUUCACGUGCCCAUCGACGCCGAUGUCGCGAUUCGAGACAAGAGCGACACGGUUGAGACGGUUCCGUGGCCGAACAGAGAUCGUCAGGCUGGCUUCGUCGUCACCGGCGUUGAGGCCCGUAUCAACGUCGCCGCAAGUGUAAAUACCCGGAAGCGCCCCCUUCACACAGACAGAGUCUCGGGACUGCAAAGAAGCCUGAGUCGAGGGGAUGGGUGGCAGAAGCUCUCACACACAUUCAUCGUCUUCCACGAGGGAAAGGAAAGUCGCGGCUCUCCGGUCAGGGGGAUGGGAGUCACUUCGCAGGCGAACAGACGGCGCAGCGGCCCCGUCUGCUAG